UAUUCUCCUCAUUCAAACAUACCACAUUGAAAUUCGCGGCAGGGUUGCUUUUUAUUUCCUUUUGGGCCCCCCAAACAUGCGCGCGUCCAAGCCGACGCGCCCUACUCACUGAAAUCAAGCACCUGUUGGUUCGAGAAUCGAGAUCGAAAAGCCGGCUCCCCCAACUCGACCAUUGUUUGUCUGGAACCGAAGCCGGUAAAGCGUCCAGAUCUAGUCCUCUCUCAGUUCCGCGUGUGUGUACAUUAACUUCUGUCCGAAACAUGUCUACCGAACAGGCUGCAGUCCCCGCUGAAGAGCAGAAACCCGAAAAUGGUACCUCUGAUGUCAAGGAUAAUGGAUCCACGGAAGAAGCCACCACCGAAAACCAGGCCGAAAAUGAGAGCCCCAAGGAGAUGAGAGCCGUUGUUCUGACCGGAUUCGGCGGGCUCAAGUCGGUGAAGAUCCUGAAGAAACCCGAGCCUACCCCCGCAGAAGGGGAAGUCCUCAUCAGGGUGAAGGCAUGCGGUCUCAAUUUCCAAGACCUUAUGGUACGUCAAGGCGCCAUCGAUUCGCCUCCAAAGUGUCCCUUCAUCCUUGGCUUCGAGUGUGCCGGUGAAAUCGAACAACUAGGCGAAGGGGUUGAAGGACUUGCCGUUGGCGACCGAGUGAUUGCCUUGCCUGAGUUCAAAGCCUGGGCCGAACUUGUAACAGUUCCUUCCAAAUACGUUUUCAAGUUGCCAAAUAACAUCAGUUUCCUAGAUGCCGCUGCAAUGACCAUGAACUACACCGUAGCAUAUAUUCUACUCUUCGAAUUAGCUGGCCUUACUAAGGGAAAAUCCGUUUUGGUUCACUCGAUUGGUGGAGGUGUGGGUCAAGCUAUCGUGCAACUAGCCAAAACCGUCGAAGACGUUACCAUCAUAGGCAUCUGCUCAAAAAGCAAACACGAAACCUUGAAGAAUGCCAAUUCUCCUGUAGACCAUCUUUUGGAACGAGGAAACGACUAUCCCAGUGAGGUGCGCAAGAUUACUCCAGAAGGUGUUGAUAUCGUGCUUGAUUGUCUCUGCGGGGAGGAGUGUAACAAGGGUUACAAUCUACUCAAACCUAUGGGAAGAUAUAUCCUUUAUGGAUCUUCUAAUGUAGUCACUGGCGAGACCAAGAGCUUCUUUAGCGCUGCCAGAUCGUGGUGGCAAGUGGAUAAAGUAUCUCCAUUGAAAUUGUUUGACGAAAACAGAACCAUUUCCGGUUUCAACUUGAGACAUCUAAUGUACCAACAGGGACAAGUGAAGUUUGUACAACAAUGUAUUGAAAAAAUUUUCGCCUUCUUCCAAGAGGGAAAAAUCAAACUUCUUGUAGAUUCCACCUGGGCUUUAGAAGAUGUUGCUGAAGCCAUGCAGAAAAUGCAUGAUCGCAAGAAUGUUGGAAAACUUCUUUUGGAUCCUAGCUUAGAGGCAAAACCAAAACCAGCAACUCCAGCGAAGGGCAAAGAUAAAAAGAAGCAAUCUUCAGAAGAAAAGAAGGAAGAUGCUAAGGAGAAAGAAAAGGACAAGAAAGUAGAAGAAGAAAAGAAGGAAGAAAAGAAAGAAGAGAAGAAGGAAGAAGAGAAGGAAGAAAAAAAAGAAGAUAAAAAGGAUGAGCAAACCGAAGAACAACCUACUAAUGAAGAACCAGCAAAGGAAGAAAGUAAAUAAUUAUAAUUUUAUAAAUAAGUUUUCAAAAGGUAAAAUUGUGUCUGAUAUCAAUUCUAAUUCUACCUUGUGAAUUUUUCAAAUAAUUUAUACAUCAGAUUUUAUCAUAUUGUUUUUAUAAUUUUUUCAAUUUAUUGACUUACUGUAGAAACAUUCGUAUUACUUACUCAAUCUAGAAUAAGUUGCUUAAUUAAUGUUGUGGAUUCACAAUGGAAAUAUUCCAUUUGAGUCUCCCAAAUGCUCUGUUCUUCAAAAGAACUUAUUUUCUUACCAUGUUGUAGUUUUUAGCCUGUUGUCUAUUUUGUGUUUUCCUGGAUUUUAUUGGAGCAUUUCUCAAAAUCGAGCAGAUCUCAGUACGCUGCAUGUAUACAAUUCUAAGCUGUGUUACCAUGUUAUUUUGAAAGUACUCAAAAAUCGAAUUGUAUUCUCCAUUGUUCUCAAUUGGGCGCUUAUUCAAAAAUCAAGCCAAAUCCGCCAUUCAGGACCAAUAUACACUGAAUAAGUGUUGAAGAAAUUUUGGUAGUGGUAGUAGUAUGCCCAAUUUACAGAAUUAAAAGAGACAGGUUUGUUAUAACUAUAUGUCUUUUUGUUUGUGAUUAAACUUCUAUUGCAUUCACAAUCUGAAGCCUAGGAACAUAUCCUUAUGGAUCAGACCAAAGUAAUAUACAAAGUUUUUAUAAAAAUAUAUUUUUUCAUUAUUAGUUAGGCAUUUGAAGCUAUAUUUGUACGCUUAAAAACUUUGAAUCGGGUCACAGAUGUUUUGUGAAGCUUUGAAACUAUGAGAUUAAUCGAAAUUAUAGUUUUAUUGAAAUAUUUUUGCUAUAUAAUAUUUUAAAAAGCAUAUCAAGUUUUUGUAAGUUCAACUUCAACAAUGUAGUUUAGUUUUUAAGGAAUUAGCACUCCAGAAUUUUUCACCUCUCUCCAAUUGGAAUCAGCAGAUAAAGAUGAGGUGAGAUCAGUAUUGAAAAUAUUCCUUUUUGAAUUGUAGUUCCUUAAACAGUUCAUUUUUAGUCUUUAUCAAUUAAUACAAAUUCACCCGAUUCAAUAUGAUCUUGUCCAUCAUAUCUUCUAUAUUCCUUCAUCUAUGUAAAAAAAAAGCUAAGUGAAACGAAGAUUUUUAUCGAUGUAUUAUUGCCAUGUUAAGCGGAAUAAUUUUGAACACGUGAAUUAUAUUUUUGUUGAAAUAAUUAACUUAAAAAACGAUAAAAAUAUAUUUGCUACCAGUUGCUUUCAAUCCAGUUUUCAAUUAUUUUUGGAAAAAACGAACUAAAUGCUGUUCUUUGUGCCACCAAGAAUUUUUGGAAACUUGUCAUUCUAACUAGAAGAAAUGCAUUCUAAUAUUAGAUACUUGAGCAUUCAUACAAAGCCAUUGGAUGAUGAUGAUACAUUCCUAUUGUCAGGUCAUUGUUGAUGGCUUUGUUUGAAUAAAGAUAAUCCACAGAAUGAAUGGUUUUCAGCCAAAUGUUACACUUGUGUUGUGGAAUGGCUUAUCAAAUAGCUUCAUGUGAAUACUCGAAUCUGAUACAUUUUCGGUAAUUCAAUAAAUCUAAAAAUAUUCUGAGAUGGGAAUGCAUGACUUCAAGGAAUAUAUGUAUAUAUCAAGACUGAUGUAAACGCUAUGCAUUUUGUUCGUAUUUUAAGCCUGUACAAUAAAUUGAUAAAAAUACA